CGGCACCCGUAGAAAAAGGCAGAGGUUUUUUUUUGGCGCUCGCGCAGCAGCAACAUUCUGCACCACACGCGGGUGAGAAGAGAACGAAGUUGCGUGCUCGCUUUCCGUCGUUCAUUCUACAUCAGCUUUUUAUUGAUUUGCAAGAUGAAAACCUCCUCCCCUCUUGUUUCGCAGCCUAACAUGGGUAAAAAGCAGAAUGGCAAAGGGAAGAAGGAGGUAUUGGAGGCAGAGCCGCCAGAGGAGUAUGUUGUGGAGAAGGUGAUGGACCAACGCAUUGUCAACGGGAAGGUGGAAUUCUUCCUCAAGUGGAAGGGAUUUACAGAAGCGGAUAACACUUGGGAGCCAGAGGAUAACCUGGAUUGUCCAGAGCUGAUCUCAGCUUUCUUGGAAGCACAGAAGACCGUGGUGGAGAAUCCUGACUCCAACAAGAGGAAGUCUUCAACAGAUGAGCCAGAGACAGAGGGAAACAAAGCCAAGAAGAAGAAGGAUGUGAGUGACAAGCCGCGGGGCUUUGCCAGGAGCCUGGAUCCAGAGAGGAUAAUUGGUGCUACAGACAGCAGUGGAGAACUUAUGUUCUUGAUGAAGUGGAAAGACUCCGAUGAGGCAGACCUGGUCCCGGCCCGCGAGGCCAACACCCGCUGCCCUCAGGUGGUCAUCUCCUUCUACGAGGAGAGGCUGACCUGGCACUCCUGUCCCGAGGACGAGGCCCAAUAGCACCCCUUCCUCAACCAACUGACGUCCCUUGUGGGCCCCCCAGACCUUCGACCCCGUCCCUGUUCCUGCCUCUCAGGACUGUUCAUGUCUCCACUUUUUUGUUGUCAUUUACAGCAUGUUUAGCCAUAGUAUUAGUGCAGAGCAGUCAGGUGAAAGUCUGUGCUUUUGUACACGUUUUUAGUGAUAGGAUGAUAUUUACUGGGAAUAAGACCGGCGAGGAGAAAUGGAUGGGUGAUUGUUCGCUUUUUAAUGAACCUAUUCCUCAUCCAGUACUGGUAGGGACUGGUUCCUCAACUGAUAUGUAGUUACUGUUGGAAAUGUACAUCUUGUAUAAUCCAUGUAGUUUGACAUCUCCCUCACAUUCAACUAGUUUCUUUUUUCCAUCUCCCCCAUGUUGCAUACUUGAAUCCCUUGAACAGUAUGUCUUUUGCUGUAUAUUCACUUUGUAAAUAUUUUUUCAAAAAGCUGUUCAAUAAAGGUUUAUAUGCUUCAUUUUACCACC